UAUAUGUUAAGGCUUCUAAACCUUGAUAUCCUCCAUUAUCCCCCCAAUGUCUUCAGCUCCGACGUCCCAACCUUUUUCUAAGUCAUGCCAAAAUAUUGUUCCUAAAACCAAUUAUAUUGAGGAGAAGGAAGAUGGGGAAGCCUACCGGAAAAUUGAUGCCGAAAUAUGUAGAGAAAUGCUGCCAAAUCUUCCGAAAGAGAAGGGUUGGACCUCUGAACACUUGGUUCAGUACCAAGGGAUCUGGCUAACCCCUACCUAUGCCUUAAAAGCAGCCGUGCAGCUUCAACACCAUUUCAACUUAUUCCAAACAACCGGAAGUUCUACCAGCGCCGCCCGUGGGUCGUCGCCCAUAUGUUUCUUGGCCACAAUUCCGAAAUCAGGUACGACGUGGCUUAGAGCACUCAUGUUCGCUACACUCAACAGAAGCCUCUAUGAUGCUGCCUCUCCUCAUCAUCCCUUGCUCACAACUGGGCCCCACGACUGUUUUCCUUUCUUGGAGAUGGAAAACAUGCUUGGAAACCAUGUUCACAGCCGUCCCGUAACCUCACUUGAUCAUGAUCACGACGAUCGUGACAGUGGUGAUGGUAUGAUUAAUAAUUAUGUUCCGCCUACAAGCACUACUCAACUCUUUGCGACCCACCUGCCUUACUCUUUGUUACCAAAAUCCGUGACUACUUCUAGUAGUGCUUAUUGUGUAUCAAAAUUCGUUUACGUUUGCCGCAACCCUAAAGAUGCAUUCAUUUCUUUAUGGAAGUUCGGGAACAAAGUUAAACCAGUAAACACAGGACUUGCACCCUUAUCAAUGGAAGAAGCAUUUGAGCUUUUCUGCCGCGGAGUCUACCCGUACGGGCCCUAUUGGGACCAUGUGCUAGGGUUUUGGAAAGCAAGCUUGGAAAUGCCAGCGAAAGUUUUGUUCUUAAAAUAUGAGGAUCUCAGGAAGGAGCCAUCUACUAAUGUGAAGAGACUGGCGGAGUUCUUGGGUCAACCUUUUUCAGAGGAGGAGGAGAGCAAAGGGGUGGUGCAGCAGAUCAUAAAGCUUUGUAGUUUUGAGAAUCUGAGCAGCUUGGAGGUAAAUAAAACCUCCAGGACGCAACAGUACUUUGUUAAAGCCAAUAUUGUCUUUGAGAACAGUGACUUCUUCAGGAAAGGACAAGUUGGGGAUUGGAAGAACUUCUUCACUGAUGACAUGGUAAAACGUAUGGAUCAGAUCAUAGAUGAGAGGUUCAGUGGUUCUGGAUUGACAUUUGCUAAUCCGUAGCUAGCCUGAAAAUUAUUUGCUUAAUUACUUACGUAUUAUGCUUCUCUUUGCUCCAUUUAACAAUAAACUUGGCAUAUUAAUUAUGAUCGAGCGGUACCACUAUGAAUAAAAAGGAUUAUGAUCGAGUGGUAUAUAUCA